AUGAAUAGACAAUUAUGGUCCAAAAUUACACACAAUGUAGUUGACUCUAUUAAAUCAUUCCCUAAUGGUGGUUUUAUGAUAUUAACAUCAGGAUUAUCUAUUGCAAAUUUAACAUCUUUGUUUCUAACAUAUUUUCUUGAAAAAAAUAAAUCUGUAAUCAUACUCCUUAAUUAUUCUAACCAUGAAAUAGAUUUUAUUGAUAAAUAGCUUAACAUUUUUGUUACCUAAAAUUAACUAAAUAAUAACAAAGAGUAUGCACUUUCUGUUGUUGUCUUAACUAAAAUACCAUCUGAUAAAAGAGCUGCUUUUUAUAAAUAAGGUGGAAUCUUUUCAAUUACUCCCUAAAUCUUAAUGUAAGAUUUAUUAAUUAAUACUUUAUCACCUUUCAUAGUUACUCAUUUAAUUAUAUAACAAACCCAUCAAAUUAAAUCUAAAUAUGAUUAUGAAUGUUGGAUCACUAAUUUUAUUAAAAUUGUUAAACCUGAGUUAUUUCUUCUUGCUUUUAGUAAUUAACCUUCAAUUCUUCAAUUUCAAUAAAACACAUCAACUAUUCUUAAGAAUUUCUAUUUAAAUAAUAUCAUCCCUUGGCCUAUGAAUAGAGCUGAAAUUAUUAAUUGUUUAAAAUCACAUCCAUUUAAAUGGAGUGAAAUUAAAAUUAAUCUAUCUAAAACUAUUAAAGAUAUAUAAGAUAUUUUAAUCUAACUUAUUAAACAAUGUAUUUAAGCAGUUAAUGGAUAAUGUGGUACAUCCUAUUUAACAACUGAUAUGGUUAUUUAAUAAAAUUGGAGGAAACUUAAAGCACUUAUAUAAAGAUAAUCAUUUAAAAUUGAUCUCAUUCAAUAAUAAAUAUUCUUAGAUAUCUUUUAACUUAGAAAAUUAUUAUUUUCUUUAAUUAAUUAAUCAGCAUACUAAUUUUAUUUUACAUUAACUUAAAUUAUUAAUGAUGCUCCGAUAGAAUCCAUUUGGUAUAUAUCAUAACCAGAAAUUGAAGGAUUAAUUAUUUAAUUAUAAAAACUAGCUUAAGAAAGAGUUUACUAAUUUGUACAUUCAUAGAAUCCUAUUAAAUACACUUUUAAAAAAUCAAAUGGAGAUGAAAUAAUCAAAGAAAUCAAUACUAAAAUUGAUUUUAAAAUUGAAAUUCAAUCUAAAUAUAUAUAACUUAUUAAAAUUUUAGAUGAUAUUUCAAUAUAAAAUUAAAAUCAAACUGAAAAUAUUAGAAUUUGGAUUUGGGUAUAAAAUAAUGAAAAUGUAUCCUAAAUUUAAUAAUAUCUCGUUUCUACAUAUAGAAUGAAGGAUAAAAAUAAUUAUUUUAAUCAAUUUAAUUUUUUAAGAAAAGUUUUAGAAUAAAAAACAAGAAAGUCAAUUGAUAAUUUAUUGAAUUCAGAUUAAUAAGCAUCAUAAUAAUAAGUAAUAUAAGAGAGGAAAUCUAAAAUAGUUUUAAAACAUAAUAAUAAAUUAUUAAAGUAGACUAAAUAAAUGAAAUAAGAUGAGGAAGUUCUUUUAAAUUAUUUAUUAUAUUAAGAAUUAGAAUAAUUAUUUGAACAAGUUUUAGAAAAAGAGGAGUAAGUGUUAUUGCAACAAUCAUAAACAAAUAAAUAAUAUGUUUAUUAAUUAUUACCUUAAGAAUUAUUGUAAUUUGAUUAGUAAUAAAGUGGACAUAAGGUAAAUAAAGAUGGUAAAGUAAUAUAAUUUGAGGAAGAUACAAUAAUACCAAAGAUGACAAUUGUUGUUAAUAAUAUGAUUGAUGAUUGUUAAAGAUAUGGUUUUAAGGACAAUUAUAAACCACAUUAUAUUAUAAUGAUGGAACCAAAUCAUUCUUUUUUAAAGGAACUUUUAAUAAAUCAAAAUGAAGUAGAAACUAUUUUGAUGAUGUUAAAUGAUUGUGUUGAAUAUUGGUAAUAUUAUAAAGAAAAAAUAGAUGAAGAAUCAUCAUUUGAAAAAAUUAUUGAAAAUUUAAGAAAUAUAUCUAAAACUUAUGAAAAACCUGAAGAUUCUAUUCUUAAAUUAAAUAUGCAAUAGUAAUAUUAAAAUUCAAGAUAAGGAAAGGGUGAAGAAUUUUUUUAAUAGACUGAGAUUUAACCAAGAGUUUUAGUAGAUUAUAGAGAAUUUAGAUGUGAUGUUCCACCUAAAUUGUAUUUUAAUGGGUUUUAAUUAACUCCUGUCAUGUUAAAAGUAGCUGAUAUAGUUUUAAGUAAUAAUUGUGCUAUUGAAAGAAAAUCAGUAGAAACAGGAGACUUAAUUGAAUCAUUAAAUCAAAAUAGAUUAGAUUAAUAAUUAUAAAAGAUGAAUACUUUUGAUCAUCCCUUUUUAUUAAUUGAAUAUUCAGAUAAUAUUCCAUUUUGUUUAGGAUCUUUAUAAAGAUAAUCAUAAAAUUAUAGUUCUAAUACUAGAAUUAUGGUUAAAUUAUUAGAAUUAAUUACAAAAUAUUCUAAAAUUCAGAUUCUAUGGUCAAAUAAUUCAGAUGAAACCAUUAAAAUAAUUAGUAAAUUAAAAUAAACAUUAGCUAGAAAUUCACCAGAUAUAACAUUAUUUAAAAGUAACAAUUAAUAAUAAAAUGGUUUGUAAUAAAAUGAAAAAAUAACAGAUUAUUUUACUUAAAUAGAGAAAGAAAUGUAAUGA